CUCAACACUCAAGUCACGAGCUGUUUGAGGCUGAUAAUACAGAAUGUUUAGAAGUUAUAAGAGAAGAACAAUGUUCUUUAGCAGUUUCUUCAUGUAUAAUGCACGCUACGUCCAAAACAAAAACCACAAACGAGAAUUACAAAGAUCCUUGUGUCGAUUGUACAUGCAAAGAGACUUUAGGUACACUAAAAGGAGACAUAAAUACAGAGAACUUGGAGAGGUUGAUAGAUCAAAAAGAACAACAGCUGCGUGCUAAGUAUCAAAUGCAUCUGGAAAAAGAGAUGAAUUCACUAAAAGAAAGAUUUGAUUUUAUAUUGCAGAAUGAACAAAUUCGUUCAUCGUACAUGUUACGAGAAGCUCACAGAGAGAGACAAGAGAAAAUAAAAGCGCUACAGACUCAACUGGAAUGCAAAAAUUUAGCAGGCCUUAUGUUUGUUUUAUGUUCUGAACGAAGGAAAGGCAAGCUAGAGAAAAUGAGACUUACUGAAGAAUACACGAACUACAUCCGCGCGUUACAAGACAUACUGACAGAGGGCCAGAGUUUAAUCCUGAAUCUAUCGAGAGGGUAUAAGACUGCCGAGAGGGUCGACCAUGAAUGGCGAGAGAAGAUGAAGAAAAUUGUCAAAGAGUUUCAAUUGUACAUUGAACAUUACGGCGGCGGGAAUCCUGAGUCGAACCAGUACCUAUUAGAUUUGCCAGACCUGCUUGCGACCAAGACACCAGUGGCAGACGAUCCAGAUGAAGAUCUUUGUGCAUGUGAUGAUGAAAGUGUAUCUGAUAAUAAGGAGAAUAAAUUACUAGAAUCAAAAGAGCACAAAACAUGGUGGGAUCGUCCCGAUCAGGAAUGUCGGCCAUUUGUCAUGUUUGGAGACAUGGCGGAGUUUCAACCGCCGCAGAGACGAGAUGUACUCAGAACUGUCAAGGCUGCCAAGACAGCUCCUAAAAAGUGGAAGGAAUAUGCGUUCAACAAUAUGUAUGUCAAGUCAUCUUGUCCUAAUGCUGACGUGAUAAAAGACGAGUAUCUGAAUAGACUCCCAGAGCCGGGCAAAUGGGAAUGCCAGGCUGUACAAACUCAGGACAGAAUCUCGAAGACGUCUCUUGCGACUCGUCGAAUGACCAGUGUGGAUUUCCGUGGUAAUAUGGGGUCUAUACUUAAAAUUAUUACAUCGAACGUUAACGAGCCAGUGACAAAAGCGACGCUACUGGGUGCCAGAGACUCUUUGGAGAUUGCUUCUACUACCAGAUUGCGCGAAAAACAUCAUAAUAUUGAUCACAGUACAGUAGUUAUCAACGUUGGUCAUAGAAAGGAGUCCAUGUUCGGAGCAUAUCAAGAUGAGUCUCGUGAGGAGUUGUCCAGAACAGAACCAGAUCCCAUAAAGAUUAAUUCAAACGUAGAAGAAGAAGAGGACGAGUCGCUGUCAGCUCUUGGGAGUUUACAUAACGACAGUUUACAAGUCAUAGCAGGACAUGUUCCAGAUCGCGAUCACAAAAUUCAUUACGAAAAGGUGUGUCCAAUGGAGAAGUGUCAACGUAUGCAAGUGGAUUCAUUUAUUAGAAGUUUACCAAAGUACAUGAGGGCUAAUCCUUUCACUUAUUUCGAGCAGACCUACGAAGAUUAUGAAGUUUGUACACCAGAACAACUAGAAAUUUUAAAGAAACGAAUUGCUGUAAAGAAAACUGGAGAGAAGGAAGUGGCUGGUACUGAAGAGAAUCUACUGACAGAAUGGAGAUCCAGCAUUGAGGGUGUGGCGAUUCAAACCUCUGAUACUUCCAUGCCUUUGCCGCCCUGCACCUGCAGAGCACCUGGCCCCUCCCCUGCAUCUAGCAUAGCUGGAAUGUUUAGACUAAACGACUUGCUUCCUGUGAAACAAGCAUUGGACAAUAUCCAAAAGGAAUGCUUCUACAAUAGCCAAAUUGAAUUCAAUAGAUUUCAACUAAUUGGCCAAGAAAGUGAUACUCGAACCGACACCGUCACAGAAAACUUCAACAAAAUCAGACUUAAAGAAAUAAGAGAAAUAUUGAAUAAACAUCCAAGUUUAUGUGAAAUAUUUCAAGCCAACACAUAGUACUAAAUUUAAACGUGGUAAUUUUUAUAUAACUUUAUUGUCUAAAUCACACGUAACAAACUAAAAAGUAUUAAAAACUUUGAAUUAUAAUAGCU